UCAAGGCAGGACCUUAUAACUCGCAUUUUAGUGAUGUUCGGUGUUUUAUACUGGGUCCAUCUGUAAGCAAAACUUUAAAUCAGCAGAUGUCGAUAAUGCAGUGUUCUUUAGGCAUUUCCUCGUAACUGACGUUUAUUACACAGCUUUUUUAUUUGAUUUGUGAUGUCUGAAAAAGUUCCUGCCAGGUAACACUCAUAUAUAUAGGAGACUCGAUGUCUCUCAAAGUUAGAGGUAAAUUUUGUUCUCUCUCUGAUAUAGAAAACUGCCAGCUUCAGUGGUCUUAUUUUUUAACUCUUCCAGACAAAACAUCGUCUGCGGAAUUGUUUAACAUUUGCAUGUAAAUUAUUCAGUUCAUUGCCCAAGCCUAUUUUUUUAGUGCUUUCCGGGUCGUGACUAUUGAUUUUGUCGACUCUCCACGGCAUUGCUGCAACUCUCGCCGAGCACCCUCCAAACGGCGGCUUCUAAAUUACUUCCAAUUGUCGCCUUAAUUAAGCCUACGUACGUGCAAACGGUGUUAGUCCACUAAACGUCGUUAAUGUCGUGUACCUGUUGCCCCACUGUUCUCUUCUCUUGCUUGCUUGCUUUGGAGCGUUUGUUCAGUCCUAUACGAGGGGGUACCCAUAAAAACCGGAAUUGAAUUGCCGCGCGCAGAGCUUGUAUAGUACACCUUUCUGCCGCUAGGUUGUGGAUAGUACAACUUAUUGCGAGUUCAACGCCACCUUCGUUUUAAAUUUAACUUGUUUUGUUCCCUUGCAGUGCCAUUUUUUUGUUAACGCCGUUUUUUUGUUAUUGCUUUUUUUCGAUGGCAAGUUUAAAAGAACAACGUGCAGCUGUGAAAUUUUGUUUUCUGCUCGGUAAAAGUGCUGCUGAAACGGUUUCAAUGUUAAAAACAGCUUAUAAAGACGAUGCGAUGGGAAAAAUUCGAGUGUACCAGUGGUUUGUUCGCUUCAAAAAUGGCGGCGACGAGUCAAUUGAUGACCGACUUCGUUCUGGACGUCCAUCAACUGCUCGAAUCGACGAAAAUAUUGAAAAGAUUCGAGAGUUUGUGCUCACAGACCGUCGACAGACAAUUGAACAAUAAUAGUUUGUUUCUCGUGUUCUGACUGACGUGCAAAAAGAACAUCGAGUUGAAACGUCGUGCUUUGAAUCAACAGCUUGGAACGGAUCCAGAUUUUCUUUCAAAGAUCAUUACUGGUGACAAGUCAUUGUGUUAUGGUGACGAUCCAGAAACGAAGCAACAGUCCAGCCAAUGGAAGACGUCACUGUCUCCCCGUCCAAAAAAAUGUCGUCAGGUCAAAUCAAACAUGCCGAUUUGCUUUUUCGACAUCAACGGCGUACUUCAUGCAGAGUUUGUUCCACCAGGCGAGACCGUUAAUCAAGCUUUUUAUCUGGAAGUUUUAAGAAGAUUGCGCAACAGUAUUCGACAAAAAAGACCCGAUUUUUGACGGGCAGGGGACUGGUUCUUUCACCACGAUAAUGCACCUGCACACACAGCCAUUUCUGUUAAGCAGUUUUUGGCUAAAAAUGGCAUGGUUCCUCUGCCCCAUGCACCUUACUCGCCUGAUCUCGCUCAGUGUGACUUCUUUUUAUUUCCACGUAUGAAAAGGGACAUGAAAGGACAGCGAUUUGAGAACAUUGAAGAGGUCAAGAAAAAAACGAGGGAUGAGCUGUCGGCUAUAGCCAAAGAUGAAUAUAAAAAAUGUUUCGAACAGUGGAAGCACCGCUGGGACAAAUGUAUUAGUUGUAAUGGAGAGUAUUUUGAAGGGGAUAAGGGAUAUUGCAAAAGUGGAACAAAUAAACGCGGAGUACAAAGUUCGGGCGCUCCAAUAUCACCCGGAUAAAAACCGCGACGAUAAAGAUUCCGAAGAGAAGUUUCAACUCCUAAAUGAAGCCAAGGAAACGCUGACAAACCCGGAGAAGAAGCUGCUCUACGACAAAUGGAAAAAUAGCGGCAUAUCGAUGGGCUACAAACAAUGGCUUGGCGUGAAAGACCACGUGCAGCAGUCUAUGCACUGGAGCACGCCGAAAACCAAAGACCGCAUGCUCGAAUCCGGGGGCAACUCCGGUCCUUCCAGUCUCGGUUCUUCGAACGCGACGGCCGCCCAAAGGAGGGCGUCGGAAGGCGGCGCGAACCUCCACUGGGGCGGCAAGGGCGGAGCGGCUUGGGGCGCCGGCAUGGAUACGCACAGCGAAGUUGCCGCUCUUUGGUCGCCUUCAAAGACGAAACCGAAAAAGCCGGACCUGUCCAGCGGCGGGUCGUCGGGCCCUUCGAGCCUGACCAUCGGUGGCUUGCCAGCGGCGUACCGACGGGCCUCGGAGGGCGGGGCCAACCUACUCGCGUCAGGACGCAAGAAACUGCCGGAGGCAGAGGACAAGUCGCACCAGAUAUAACUGUCUUGUCCGAUUUCGCGGAAAACCGUAGCAGUUUAAGGUGUCUUUUGAAUGGAUAUAGCUAUUUUCGGAGCCUAUUAAAUAUUCUUAAUAAUAAUAAUAAUAAUAUUAGACCAUAGGCUUUACUUAUCGGUCGGGUGAUCUAAUUUUUGGUUGGCAACAAUUUGCGUUAAUAUCCAACCUUCGUAGGCAAAAAUAAAAGCUACUUCCUACGCAACAUUCUACAUACAAGUGCGUUUCCUUCAUUUUUAACCCAAAUCUAAACUUAACAAAAUUUCAAUGAGUUAAAUUAGUCUGUAAAGGCUGCUCCAUGAAGACUGCGAAAAUUGAUCAUCACUAGAAGCAACUUAAUUUUGUUCCCAUUUCUCCUAGUAAACAUAUUUUCAGAUUACCUGGCCAGUGGUAGAAAACGUCUACUAAAUUACUGGAAUAGUUAUGUCUCAUGGACGAAAUAUAAUAAACUAAUACGUAUGUGUGGAGAUCCGGAGCUGGUUCUAAUAAUUUUUAAUUUAAUUUAAAUUUAAAUCCAAAAGGCGCUUUACUUUUUUAAACGUUAUUGUUCACAGCGGCAUUUCAAAAUGGCCGUUGAAUAUUGUGAACACUCCUAGCAUAAAAACAAUUGAUUUGCGUUUUCGAUUUCACCGGAAAUGGCCGCACGCGGUACUGAUAUUUUCGUAGAGAAGGUAAUGACUUUCCGUGCAUGCCUCUACAUAUCACUCACUAACCUGCCCUUCGAAUCAGAUCUAGGCAUAUUUUUAGAAAGCCACAAGGGCAUUGGUAAAAAUGGAAAUUGGAGAUUUUCAAUUUCGCGCAUGUACAUGUUGAGUGGACCUUAUCAAAAAUUGUUUUCAUUUACAAGUUGUUAUAUUAUCGGCAUCUAUAGUAGUUACAUGUUUACAUGUCAUCCAAAGCACGAUGAAAUUUAGCUAACACAUCUAUUUCUACGCCUCCAUUGACAAUAAACCCUUCCACAUUUUCAUUUACAGGAAGAUUUGUGGGAACGCUGAACUAGCCACGGAAAGUAACGACGAACUGGGCGAAAUUCAAUCUGGAUACCGCUAUCUUUUACUGAAAAAAACAUUCACUGUAACUUGUCAAUUUUGUAAAAUGUCUUGCCAUAUUGUUUGAGAUGAAAUGAAAGUAAAUUGUUUGUUGUUAUUAGAGGACGCGGGUUCUAUAACUGAAAAAAAUUUGGUAAGUUCUUGUUUUGAAUCCAUAGCCGGCUACGCGACGCGUAUGAUUGUUUAUGUCAAUUUAAUUUUUUGUGCAAAAGGAUUAUCAACAGCUGUAGCAACUGCAGCAAAUGCGGGAGCGUAACUUAAACACGGAACAGAACUUACACAAUUUACUAUGGAAAUGAACGAGUAAAACAUUCGCAUCUUCUCGUCUUCGACAAGCACUCUCUUGUUACGUUAUUUUGGUACUCCGUGGCUCAUUCUAGCGGAGUCGUACGUAUCUAUUUCAAUGUGUUCUGGUCGACGACUAGUUCAUCUUUUUGUGGAUAGAUGGUGGUGAGGACCUUUAUUUGUUACACAACGUACAAAAAGCGUGUCUUGUUUUCAAUUUUGCAUGAGUUUGUGGAUGUUGAGUUGCGAUGUGAUAAAAAAAGUACGCCUGGACAGUAGACCCUUCAUUCAUGGACAGUAAGCUGCUUUCGUGUGGUAACUGACCAAUCAUGUUUGAUUCAAUUGCGCUUUGAAUGACGAGUAAGUAACCCCAUUAUAUCUUGUUCUAACCUUCACAAAUGAAAACAUUUCAAAAUUGUGAAACUAUUGAUUGAAUUUAUUUCCGGCGAAACCGGAAACGCAAUUGAAUUAUUUAUACUCUACAAACACGGCAGCUCUUCGCAUCAGCGUCAAUCCACAUUUUCUCGAAGCAUUAAUUGCAAUACAAAUUUUUGCGCCUUAUGUUUUAAGGUUAAAUUGUGCUAAAAGAGUACAGGUUUUAUUUUACGAUAUACUAUUUUGUAUAAUUUGCUUUCUGGCAACAAACCCACACCUUAAAGGGAGUUCAAUUGAACUUCUGCGAAAGGGAAAUUUUACGCAUAUACCGAUAAAGAAAGUAGAUGGUUCUUUGAAACCCAGCGCACGUCCCAACACUAUCAACAUACCAAAUUGCAUAUUUUUAUUUCAAGCCAUUUUGAAAUGCCGAAGUGAAAUGUGAAAUUCUAAAAAUCGCCAUUCUGCACCUUUUUUUUACUUAUUUCAUGUCACUUGGUUGAUGGAUCCAAGUUGUAGAAGAAGGUAGUCAGGGGUCAAUGCGAUCUUGGAUAUUUCAACAUGACCAGCAGAUGACCAA